GUAACUACUACAGAAGAAGCAGCUAUGAAGGCAAAGUGGCAGAGGAUUAUGGGUACGAAUUAUGAAAUAGUGGUGGCUGUAGUUAACAAAUUCAGCGAAAGUAGUGGGUUAGGGAUAAGCCUUGAGGCUACAGUAGGACAUCAUUUCAUCAGAUCUAUCUUACCAGAGGGGCCAGUUGGACGAAGCGGCAAGCUGUUCAGUGGAGAUGAGCUGCUGGAAGUGAAUGAGAUAUCUUUGCUUGGAGAAAACCACAAGGAUGUGGUCAAUAUCUUGAAAGAACUGCCUAUUAAAGUGACAGUGGUGUGCUGUCGUCCAGUAGCUUCCCACAUCGCUCACUCAGAAGUACUGGAGAGUCUAAGUCUAUCUGAGGUUCAGCUCACAGAAAAGGCUCAUGUAGAACUUGGAUUCAUUGGCUCCUCUGACACAGAGGGAACAGCUUUGGAAACAGCUGACGAGGGUCAGAGUAUGGAAGAGGUGCAAAGCUCAUCUUUGGCAAUGUGGGAAACAGAAGUACAGCACAUUGAGCUGGAGAAAGGGAGUACAGGACUUGGAUUUAGCAUAUUGGACUACCAGGAUCCUGUAGAUCCAGCAAACACUGUAAUUGUGAUUCGCUCAUUAGUUCCUGGGGGAGUGGCUGAGCAAGAUGGCAGACUUCUUCCCGGGGAUCGGCUUAUGUUUGUCAACGAUAUCAACUUGGAAAAUGGCAGCCUGGAGGAAGCAGUACAAGCACUGAAAGGAGCCCCAACAGGAACAGUUAAAAUAGGAGUUGCCAAACCACUGCCUCUAUCACCAGAGGAGGGCUAUGUCUCUGCUAAGGAAGAUUGCUUUUUCUACACUGCCCAGUCACUUGAGGAGGAGGGGCCAGCUGAUGCAGCCCUCUUCCAUGCUGAGCUGGCUCUGGUGGACUCCAGCGAGGCAGAUCUAGCGGAUGAGUCCACCUUUGAAUCACAGUAUUCUCUAGACAGUGACGUCUUCCAGGCUUCAAUGAUAGCUCUGCACGGCAGUACCUGUAGCGGUGAGCUGAACUACACCUUCUGUCUUCCACUGUCAACUCCCAAGUCUGUUGGAGAGGAACAUUCAAAUGCUGCAGCCGAUUUCCGUGUAUCUGACAAGAAUCUGUACAACAUGGAUCUGAAUCAGAGAGAGCAAAAGUCUGUAGAGGGGAAUAGCCUGGAAACUGCCACUGGUUUUACUAAAAAGGAUCUUCUGCCUCUGGAUGUUUUGGAUACCAACCAAAAUGAAAGUGAAAACGCGGCAACAUGGACUGGAUCUCAGAAAACAGCAGAAAUUGCACUAAGUACAGGCCUUGCUACUACCAUGCAGCUUGAUCCCACUGGAAAAGAUCAAGUGCUUUUGAUGGAAAAGAGAUGCCCAGUAGCUUUGGAGGGAAUUCCCACAAUCCCAAAUUCAGUAAAAAAUGUGUACGAGAAGACUAUCACUAUUGCAAAAGGCAAUUCAAGUCUAGGGAUGACGGUAAGUUCCAAUAAAAAUGGCUCAGGAAUGAUAGUCCGCAGCAUCAUCCAUGGAGGCUCAAUAAGUCGUGAUGGACGGAUUGGUGUGGGGGACUGCAUCCUGUCCAUUAAUGAAGAGUCAACCACUGACUUAACCAAUGCACAAGCCCGGGCUAUGCUAAGGAGGCAUUCACUCAUUGGACCAGAUAUAAAUAUUACGUAUGUGCCAGCAGAAAAUUUGGACAAGUACAGGGCCAGUUUGGGACAACAAACAGAGGGAGCUGUGCCACUUGAGCUUUUUCCUUCACAUACUGUCAGGGAACUCCCAGAGCUUCCAGAACGUGAAGAGGGGGAAGGAGAAGAAAGUGAACUUCAAAAUGCAGCUUUCAGUAACUGGAACCAGCCCCGAAAGGUUGAACUCUGGAGAGAGCCUAGCAAGUCACUGGGAAUCAGCAUUGUUGGAGGACGAGGGAUGGGGAGCCGCUUGAGUAAUGGAGAAGUGAUGAGAGGGAUCUUUAUCAAGCACAUCCUGGAAGACAGCCCAGCCGGCAAAAAUGGGACGCUGAAAACCGGAGAUCGGAUUGUGGAGGUGGAUGGAAUUGAUCUCAGAGAUGCCAGCCAUGAACAAGCUGUGGAAGCCAUACGGAAGGCAGGCAAUCCUGUAGUCUUUAUGGUACAAAGCAUUAUAAGCAAACCAAGGGUAUUCGGUCAGUCUGAUUUAGAACCAGAAAAGACUUCACUGUAUAACUUGCCUGUGCCCCCGCCUUCAGCAUUUUCAGGAAUGAGCUGUGAUGUCGCACAGUCAUCUUCUAGCAGAGCCCCAGAGGAUGGGGAAAAGGAGGAUGAGUUCGGUUACAGCUGGAAAAAGAUCGUGCAGCGCUAUGGAAGUCUGUCGGGGGAGCUACACAUGAUUGAACUGGAAAAAGGAAGGACAGGUCUGGGACUUAGUCUUGCUGGUAACAAAGACCGAUCCAGGAUGAGUGUCUUUAUAGUGGGAAUUGAUCCAAAUGGAGCAGCUGGCAAAGAUGGCAGGUUACAGAUUGCAGAUGAGUUACUAGAGAUAAAUGGGCAAAUACUCUAUGGAAGGACUCAUCAGAAUGCUUCCUCAAUCAUCAAAUGUGCACCAUCUAAAGUAAAAAUAAUCUUUAUAAGAAAUAAAGAUGCAGUAAAUCAGAUGGCUGUUUGUCCUGCAAAGCCGGUAGAGGCUUCACAGUGCACCUCAGGGACUCUUCCAGAGAUUGGUAUCACUGCUGCAAACUCCAGUGCUUGUUCUGACUUCAGUUCCUGUAAAAACAUUCAGUAUGUGGAACUCCCUAAGGAUCAAGGAGGCUUUGGAAUUGCCAUUAGUGAGGAAGACACAAUUCAUGGAGUAGUUAUUAAGAGUUUAACAGAUCAUGGUGCAGCAGCAAAGGAUGGACGAAUCAAAGUUGGAGAUCGGAUCCUGGCGGUGGAUGAUGAAAUUGUUGUGGGAUAUCCAGUAGAAAAGUUUAUUAAUCUGCUGAAGACAUCCAAAACUGUGGUGAGACUUACAAUCAACUCAGUGGAGACAGAUAGCCUGUCUGCAGCACCAGUUCCUCCGAGUACUGGCCCAGCAGAGAGGAGGAGUAUGCAGCCACCAGCACAUCUUCCCUCUUCCAGCUCACCAGAACCAGAAGCCAUGAAAAACACAAGCAGAUCUUCAACUCCAGCCACAUUAGUCUCUGACCCAGCUACUUGUCCCAUCAUUCCUGGAUGUGAAACAACCAUCGAUAUCUCCAAAGGGCGGACUGGUCUUGGUCUGAGCAUUGUUGGAGGAGCAGACACUUUGCUGGGAGCAAUUAUAAUCCAUGAAGUAUAUGAAGAAGGAGCAGCAUCUAAAGAUGGGAGACUGUGGGCUGGGGAUCAGAUAUUAGAGGUGAACGGGAUUGACCUCAGGAAUGCCACACAUGAUGAAGCGAUAAAUGUCCUCCGACAGACUCCCCAAAAAGUUCGUCUGACUGUAUACAGAGAUGAGGCCCAGUACAAGGAGGAAGACAUGUAUGAUGUACUCAAUAUAGAGCUCCAAAAGAAGCCUGGAAAAGGCCUUGGGCUGAGUAUUGUUGGGAAAAGAAAUGAUACUGGGGUGUUUGUGUCAGACAUCGUCAAAGGAGGAAUAGCAGAUAUGGAUGGAAGAUUGAUGCAAGGAGACCAGAUACUGACAGUGAAUGGAGAAGAUGUUCGAAAUGCUAACCAGGAGGCUGUUGCAGCUUUGCUAAAGGUAUUGGGAAAAGAGAAGGUGAAUAAAA